AUGAAACUCGAAAUACGUGUAUUAUGGCUUCUUCCAUGUCUCAGUUUGUGUCUAAAACCAAAUAGUGUUCUCUACAAGGAAAUUUUUGAGUAUCAUAACGAAACGUUCUUCAAAGCGGAAUAUGCAUAUGAAGUCGUGACGAAAAUAUUCAACGCAUACAAGCAAUGGUUCUUUACUAUAACGUUCUGCGAAUUCACAUACUUCGAAAAUAGAAUUCUGAAGUACAUUGAAAACUACGGCGAUGGAUACCCAGUGAUGUUACUCAGCGGUUGCCCAGACACUAACAACACUAAAGUAAAACCAAAAAUUAAUAAACAUGGUCAAACAGCAUACGUGGUUACUUCAAAUGAUUUAUCAAUAGAGGAAAGUGAAUUCGCCAUAGAAGCAUUUAUACGCACGGGAGUAUUUCAACCAAGAGCUGCCGUUAUAUUUGUUAUCAAAACACCUGUACAAGUUGAUAGCUAUUUCUUCUAUACGAUGAAGAAUCACUUCGAACUGUUGUGGAAGAGAAAAGUUACCAACUCUGUCUUGGUUUUGUGGUCAGAAGGCUUAAGAAUAUAUGCCUACAAUAUCUUUUAUAAAGAAAUAAAAGAUAUAACAGAUGUUAAAUAUGUAAAUGAAAUUUUUGCGCGUCAGUUUGAUGAUCUUUUUGGACAUGAGCUUAGAAUAAGUGUGUUUAGAAAAAUUUACACGAAUAAUAAUACUGGCGCGAUAGAUUGUAGUUCAAGAUUAGUUCAUACGAUAGUAGAAACAUUUAAUGCAACAUGCAAACCGUUACCGCCGCGUGAUGGAAAUACAGUAGGUGAUUUAUUAGAAAACGGAACCGCCACAGGAGUGACAGCGGAUUUAAUAGACGGGUAUUCAGACCUAGAGCUCAAUUCACGAAUUCUAAAAACUUCAUACUAUGGAUAUAUCGAUACCACCUAUCCAUUGGUGCAAGACGAAUUAUGCUUUCUGAUAAAAAAAUCUAAGAAGCAGUCCACCUUUACGACAACUUUAAAACUCAUUUCAACUGAAAUGCUAGUAUUGCUUAUGUGCAAUGUUGUUUUGUUUAUAGCAAUAACACUAAUGGUUCGUAAAGUUGAAAUGCAACUUUGGCAAUUGAAUGAUAACAGAACCACAUCAGAGACUAUAUUGGAUUUAUUCAAGUGUUUUAUUAGACAAACUGUGGAACUGGCGUUUUCGGGACAAAUAUUUAGAUGUGUUGUAUUAAUGAUCAUGCUAUAUUCUUUAGUCGUUGACUGCGCUAUAGACGGAAUCAUAACCUCAGCCAUUGCCUAUCCAAGAUAUAAACCAGACAUAAACACGUUAUCAGAAUUAUUUAAAACCAAUCUUACUUUCGGUGUACACACUCGUCACAUGGGAAUAUUCAACAAUAGCCUUAGCGAUGAAUAUUAUGAAAAAAUCCAUGAAAGAAUUGAAAUCGUAUCUGAUCAAAAAAUCAAAGAAAUAAUUGACCAACGAAAGUUCGAGUAUGCACUUUUGUUAAGAAGAUCAGAAGCUUUAUAUUUAAGCAAUAAACCUUCAAAUCUUGUGGGAUCUUGCAGUAUUGGACUAAAUCUGAUGAUGCCUCUCAAAGCCAUGGAAAUUCUUUAUAUUCUGGCAAUAACCAUGAAAGAAAACCAUUGA